AUGUUCUAUUCGCGCUUGCUUCUCGCUCGGAAAGCUCCUCUCGGUCAAAUAUGGAUGGCGGCGACUAUGCAUGCAAAAUUGAACAGGAAGAAGCUAAGCAAACUGAACAUUAUUAAGAUCUGCGAAGAGAUUUUGAAUCCGUCGGUUCCGAUGGCACUGAGACUUUCCGGAAUACUCAUGGGUGGAGUAGUGAUUGUCUAUCAGCGAAAAGUUAAACUUCUUUAUGAUGAUGUAAACCGCCUUCUGAUGGAACUGAAUGAAGCUUGGAAGGUCAAAGCUGUUACACUCGAUCCUACCCUGCAUCCCAAAAAUAAAGCACAAGCCAAGUAUGAAUCUGUGACUCUGCCAGAAAACCCGGAGGAUGACUUUGGACCAAUAGAGCAUCAAAUUCGGCAUUCCAACACAAUCAAUAUGAUGGAUUUCCAGCAUACCUCCUAUGCUGCAGUGAGUCUGGAUAAUGUGGAAAAUCCUUACAUUAAUAUCAAUCUAGAAGAAGAUCCAAGCCAUGACUUCCAUCAAGUUGAUGCAGAUAACAUUACCUUAUUUGAUCGGUUUGACUCAUAUCGUGAAGAUACAGAUCUAAACAAUCAUUUUGAAAGGUUUGAUAUUGAAGCAGAUGAGGAGACACUGAGAAAUCUUGCUGAUCAUGACAAUACUCAAAUACCAGAUACUCUCAUACCAUCUCCACCUAAGCACUGUAGACAUGAGCAGCAAAAUGUUCUUGCAGCUGAUGAGAUUCUGGAACAAUAUCCUGAAGAGCUGGUCAAUCAGAAAUCUAAUGAAGGAAAAGGAGAUAUUCAGCCAACGGACCAUAUAAGGCCAGUUCCACCUCGGCGGAGAGCAAGAAAGCCUAGAGCUUUUACCAUGGAUAAUGAUCAGAUUAUCAUCCCUGGUCACAUAUAUCAAACUUGGCUUCAAAAUUGUUCAGAUAUAGUCUCAAGAAGAGGAAGAAAGAGAAAGAAGUUGGAUGCAUUUUCAACCAUGAAGGUAGCCAGGCUCAUGGAGCUGCCUCCUCUUGUGCUAAUUGAGAGGCUAUUAACAAAAUGGAGUAGAGAAGUUCAUUAUCCAAAGCCUCUUUUAAACCUAUGGAUGAAAAGUACCCAGCCUCCACACGAUUCACCUUCUGGAAGGAACUCUGGCAUCCAACCCCCUGAACCAUCAUCAUCAUCUCCAUUAGAAAGAAAUCCUUUUCCAGAUCUUUCAGGAAAUCCUUUUGAGGAUUUUCAAAGUGGAGUAGACCCCCAAAUCAUUGCUUCUAGGGAGAAACAAGUGGAUGAUUUCAAUGAGAUACCAGAUAAUUUCGAGAAGGAUCUGAGAAACAAUGUUCCAAACAUAGACACACAACUAAGUGGUGCUAGAGGAGUAAGCAAAACUACUGUUAAUGAUCCAAUGGCCACACCAGGAGGUUCUGGGUAUGGAAUCAGAUCUAUCCCUAGCUCAGAAUCUGGACAUGGCUUCCCAUCAUCCAAUUCUGACCUCAAUUUGGGGAGGUCCAACAGGAAGAGGCCCUACUCUUCAUCCAGGCAUAGCAGCAGUAGCCUUGAACCAGUAGCAGAAAAUGGUCCUGAAGUAAACCUUAAAAUGAAGAGAUUAUCUGAACUGUCUGAAACUGGUUUCACACCUGAUUUGAUAGAAACUGGACCAACCCAGACACAAAAUCCAACUGUUGCCCAGCCUUGUGAUAAGAUAACUGAUUCUAUUCGCAUGCAACUGAAGACUCAUUUCAAUACACCCGGUUCACCAGAGGUAGAAUGUUUGAAUGACUUAACUAUUGGGAUGAGCAGGAAACAGGCAGCGUGCAUGUUUUAUCAUACUUGCGUUUUUGCCACAGAAGAGUUCAUUAGAGUUAAACAGGAGACCCCAUAUGGGGGAAUUUUUAUUUCCAGAGGUGCAAAGAUGUGA